AUGGCUCAGAAAAAACGCGUUCGCCAAACAACCACGGCCCUAUUCACACAGCUUCCUACAAACGGGCGAAUUCCUUUCAAGCAAGUCCUACAAGCGACUUGGGUUGCAAUGUUUGCUCUCUUUAUCGGAAUCUGCUUCGUUCUCGCAAUCGCCUUCUCCGUAGAUGGAAAGCCCACAAGUAGCAAUAAGUGGUAUGAAUACGCUCCGACGUUUGUCGCUUUGGGAGCAGUCGUACUUCGAGGGUCGGUCACCGCUUUGCUCGGGAUUACGCUUUAUCAAAACCUGUGGCAGAAUGUUGCCGCGCCGGCCAAGGCUAAUGAGGAGCCGCGCGUUGAGACGGGAGGAGAGGGAGGCAUCCCGUUAAAGAGGGUUGAGUCGCUGCACUUGGCUUCGCGUUUGGCGGUCGGCAUGUUAGCCUAUCCGUUGUUCAGGGCUGGCUGGAUAAUUGGUUUCCUGGGACUUGCCGUAACCUCUGCUGUCCAGCCUGUCCUGCAGUCCGCCAUUACAGUCAGGCAAGAGAGGCAGGUCAUUCCUAUGGGUUUACCGAUAUAUCACCCCCAGUUUAACGGAUCGCUUGCCUUAAGCGACUCAGCAGCAAUGCUUGCAGCGGGUCCGACGACAAUAUCGAGGAGAUCAGCAGUCGCAGCUCUGAUGGGAGAGAAAAGCGGACUUCGUUACACAGAUGCCAACGUUACUGGUAUUGCAAAUUUUGGCCCCGUCAAGUACCUCGAUGUUACCUGUAACAUUGACGCUGUCCCUGGAAUCAAAUCCAAUCAAGGCGGCUGGGACCUAUACAAUUUCACCUACCGAUAUCCAGACGCGGAACACGUUUCGGAUGAUUUUGAUUUGACCAAAUUCCGAGAUGUAUUCAAUACCUCGGUCCUGUAUGACGGAGUUGAAAUUUCGCUGGCUGCCAAAUCAAAGGUAGAAGUGCAAGCCGUCAUGUUCAACAACACACAUUACCUUAGGCACCUAUGCAUGGUUCAAACCGCGAUUGGAAGCUGUGCCACUCCUAUUACAGCCGGCAUUGGAAGCAUGGGCGACCUCGCCUGCUUGAGAGGUCAGUUUAUUAAUGUCGACAGCGACCUCGAUAAGGCCGGUUCAUUCUACGGACCGGCUGGUGGAGUGAUGUCUCUAUUCGGCUCUUUUUUAGAAGUAUUUGCCGGGAAAGCGCUGCUCAAUAUACGUAACCGACUUAACCCUGGUAAAUCUCUGUUUAUGAUGGGAACCAUCAUCGCGGAUACGGAUAAAACGCUCGUCAUGCCGUCAGAUCUCUUGUCACAUAUGCAGCGAGUGCUCUGGGUCACGCCUUUGCUCGCAAAAUUCGGUACUCCGGAACAAGAGGCACUAAACGUCACAAUGUCCGUCUUAGAUGAGCGUAACGUAAUCGUCUACAAAAUCGACAAGCCGCGAAUCAUCGUCACGGUCGCCGUCCUCCUUAUCAUCGGUCUCGGGUGUUUGGUCUAUCUAUCUCUUUGCAGUAGCGGAGCUUGCGGACGUCUCACAAGAGACAGCCUGGUUCAUUCCCUCACGGUGGCGGGCCCGAAUGGCCCUGCGAUCAAGGGGGCGUGCUUGGCUUCUUUGGACGAAAUAUUAGAUAAAGCGGGAGAUGAGAAACUCAAGUUUGGUGUGCUUCUAGCGGCAACGGACUCGGUAAGCGGACAUCUUGGGUUUGCAGAACAGCCUCUCGCACCGGGAUCUCACGAGAGUACACCAGUUACAACUGUUGGAAAACCGGUGCCAGGGAGGUGCUUAGUUCAAUUGCUCCUCACUGCAGACAAGCUCGAGCUUUCCGAGCGAAACGAUCCGAAGGUCUGCGUGUUGCGGCUGGUCAGUAACUGGCUGUGCAACGAGGCAAAUGGAGGAUGGAUGAUGAUCGUGGAUAAUGCAGACGUCAUCGAGGUAUUCUAUCCAACUCGAGCAUGCAAGAGGGAUGAAUCCCUCGCGACGGCAUCAGCACCACUGGCGGCUUACCUCCCUUAA